AUAAUUGUUUAUUUUCUUAUUUCAUUAGACGUUUAUCGUAUCGGUACUAGAAAUAUUUAAAUUUAUCGAUUACAUAGCCAUAUUGAUUUUUAGUUCGAUCUAUACCGCAUUUAGCGCUGUUAUUGAACUUAUCGAUAUUGAGUUUCCAUUAUACUUCCGUGUGAUUGGACACUAUUAUUACAGGACUACCGGUUUUUAUUACAACAAGAAGUAAUUAUUUUUGUUGAAUAAAUAAAUCAAAACUAGUUAAUAACUAAAGUAAAAUUGAUUUAGUCCUUAGUAAAGAUAUAAAUAUAUUCCUAUAAAUAAUUCUAAUCUAAGAACGAACAAUCGUUCGAUAUUUAACUAGUAUUAGAUAUGGUGUUUUUCGUUCUUUGAAUGUGGCAUUCUUUAAUUUCUAUGAAUUUAGUGCAAAUACGGCUUGCAUCCUAAAGGAUAUCCUCUGGCAUCUGGUAGUAGACUAUCUAUGUGUAGUCAUAGUUAUGUCCUGUGUAUAUUGUGCCGCUGACAAUGACCAGGAGCGGUAGUGGCUGUGAUAAGUGAUUCUGUGUCCUUCCCUAUCGUGGUAAACGCGUAGUGGCAGUGGAGAAAGAUACUUCGUCAGUCGAGGAAAGAGUGCAACCCUUGAUGAUUCGUGUUUUACGUGGCGUGCAGAGUAGUCGGAGCUUACAAUUAUGAUUAAUAUAUCGGCCAAGUUGCACGACCUGUGUCGCCUUUGUUUAUCCACGAAAGAUGUCAAAACAUCCAUAUUUGAGGAGCAAGGCUUACAGCAAAAUCUCGCCGACAAGAUAUUAGCAUGCCUCGGUGUUGAGGUGAAAAAAGAUGAUUUUCUACCAUCUAAGUUAUGUACCCGAUGUACAUUCAAGUUAGAAUCACUAUACAAUUUUCGUGAGUGUGCACAAAAAUCAGAUAGCUUAUUUAAACGGUACCUGAGUUUCCCCCAUCGAUCAUCAAUCAAUGAUGUUCAGGUAAAUUCUUUCUCCACUGCCAAAAUAUCAGAUGUAAAUCCCGUACAAUCUUUUAUUGAAUUAAAUAAAACGUUAUUUAAUGAAGACCCAAAUUCUCCAGCCAGCAUUAAUCAAAACACAAUACCUCAAAUACAAACACACAGAUUAGAAUUGCGUACAAAUGAAGUGCUAGAAAAUGAUAAUAAUAAAUGUGAACCAGAAGAUGAUACGUGUUCGUACAGUUCAGAUCCAGAUAGACUCGAAAUAGAGGAUCGAGAUGAACAAGAUACCGAAGGUGAAGAAAAUGGCUAUGAUAUGACCAUGAAACGAAUUAAAAUGAACGAUAACUGUGAAGAUUCUAAACCAGAUACACCUCAUCAUAGUCCAGUUAAUAGGAUGGAUACACCAGAAAGCAAUUGUUCGGAUACUCAUAUCGAUCAAGAAACUACAAAAUUGUGGCAAGCCCUUGCAAAUACUAGAAAUUUGGAAGUAACACGAACAAAAGAAAAUAAUGUAAACAAUGGUUUUACCGGAGAAGCAACUAAUCUGCUUCGAUCUUUAAUCAAAAAUAGACAAAUUGGUAUUACUACUGUUGAUUCUAAUAAAUCGCCUACACAAAUAAGAUUUUAUAAGGACGCUCCAGGAACAAAUACUGAACAUUCUUUAGCUGAUUCUUCUGUACCUGGGGCGAAUUGUAUUACUACACCAUGCAUAGAAAAUAAAAUUACUUCUAUAGACAGUAAUCCAUCCAGUCCAGCUAGUACUGGACGAAAAGAAACUAAAGGUCGAAGAAAACAAAGUUAUCCAAGUAAGGCUCCAACAAGCCCAGACACUGCUAAUUAUCAACAUGAGUCUAGCGAAGAGCAAGCACAAGAUUUUACUGGAUGGUCAUAUAAAAUGAAAAUAAAAGUUGACGAUCAAAAACCACAAUUCGAUCAACAAAGUGGUAAUAAUACUAAAAAAAAUGAUAUGGCUUGUACUAAUUGUGGUACUAUGACUACAACGAUCUGGCGGAGAAAUAUGAAGGGUGAAAUGGUUUGUAAUGCGUGCGGACUUUAUUAUAAACUUCAUGGAGUUAAUCGUCCAGUUACCAUGCGAAGAGACACAAUACACACACGCAGACGCCGACCUAAAGGCGAAAAACAAACACGACAUAGAAAAAAAGGAGAUGCAGCAGUACCACCACAAUCUGAACAAUCUGAUUCUGAAAAAGUUAUGCUGGCGGCUUUGCGUCAAACAAUUCAGCCUCAUCUUCUAAUGGGAGGAUUACCACGUAUACCUGGUAGCCAUGGACCAUUUUCUACUACACUUAAUUUUCCAAUGAUGUCGGGUUAUGUACUACAUCCUGUGAAAACUGAAGCUCCAGAACAACAACAAUGUCUUUCGGUAAAGACUGAAGAAACGCAGGAAGGAGAUGAAGAAAAUGUUUCAGAUGUACCAUUAAAUUUGGUUGCGACAUCGUUAGCUGAAGAUACGCAGUGAGAAACUUUGUUCAAGACAUCGUACCUAGGUAUACAUACAAAAAGAAUUUCUAAACAGUAUGAUUGAUCCAAUAGUAUAGAAAUGUAAAAUGUGAUUGAAUUUGAUGUACAAAAGUGUAAAAUUCAAUCAAAUUUUACAAUUCAUUAAUGGUUAACGUAUUUAAUAAUUAUAUCUUCAAUCUCAUCUCUUCACUCUUUAUAUCUCGAAAAUUUGAGAUGAUAUACAGUUGAGGUAUUUUUUUCAGCUGUCAUCAGGCCCGUGGUACAGAACAUGUGAAAGGUAUUAUGAUAUUAAGCACACAGUAUUAAUUACAUGAUUACUCAAAAUGUACAUAUAUAUAUAUAUGCAUAUACAUAUUUGUGCAUGUGAAUAAGAAUAUUUUUAUACAAAAUUUUCUAUGCUUUCGACUGGAGAGCGAUGAGUGAUCAUUGUACAUAUGUGCAUAAAUUGUUCUUUCGAUGUGUAUGUACUUUUGCGUACAUGAAGCUAAUCGUUGUCUGUUUUAAAAGCAAGGAUAGAGCUCGAUUGCCAGUAAAAUAGUAAUAAACAGUGCUAGAUUACUGUGCAAGUAGUUUCAAAUGAAUAUAUUAUGAAGAAACUAAUUAAUGAAAUAAAAAAACUUAACGUUUUGUUCCACGGGCUUUUUUGGUCGCAAAUGACAUAAUAACCAAUAAUACUCUCGUUGUUUUAUAUACAAUAAGCUUUUUAUGAAAUGCCUCGUUAAAUUUUUCUAGUGUAUAAAAUUGUAUUUUUUAAUAUGCUUUAGUAAUGUAUAAGUAAGUACGUAUUUAAAAACGAUCGAAAAAAAUCUGAUAGUACAUGAAAGAAGCUAUUUGAAAUAUUUUGACAUUCAUUCGGAUAUUUAAAUUUAUCAAAUUACAUGUCAGUAUCGUGUUAAAUAUUACGCGUUAUUAGUUUACAUAGAAAUUUAUAUUUUCUAUUCUCUUAUAUCUUUUGUAAUUGAACAAAAAAUUAUAUAUAAAAUAUAAAACUUCUAUGUAAAUUUAUGCAAACACGAUACUGCAGACGUAAAUGUUAUUAAUAGUUUACUUCCUCAUUUUUACUUCCUAUGUCAAAACGCUUCUCAACUGCCACAGUACACAGUUGAAUCAAUUUGUACUUAACAAAGAAAAUAGUACACGACCAUAUAAGAUAAGAUUCUAAAAGCAAUAAGAACAUCCUAUGGAUGCGAUAUAGAUUGUUGUCUUACAAUAACAAUAACCUGUUAACAUGCUCUCUUUUUCUCGACAUUGAUCGAAAAUGUUCAAAAUCUUCGCGAAUUAAUAUAUGAAUAGCAUUCGUCUAUAUGUCGAAAAUUAAGAUUAAAUUUUAUUGCUCCACUAUUAAUAUGGCUUUUUAUAAAGAUUUAUCGAUUUUUAUAGCGUUUUUAUAGUUUUAUUUUAUUUUUUUUAUUUUAUUUUUUUAUUUUUAAAAUUUCUUUUUAAAUGUUUUCAUUAUUUUUAAUAAAUAGAAAGACAUAAGCAGUUUCUUGUAACACAGUAGAGAUGUUCGUAGUAUGGAAUAUUUUAAUAAUUUGCUCUUUCUAUUUUUUAAGAGUUAUUGCCGAUCUACUUUUUGCAAGAUUGUACAGAUAAGAUAUUAGCGACAGAUAUUAAGCUGUCUUUAAUAGAGCAUAAUAUUAUGGCCAAUGCAUCUACUUAUAUAUUGUUAUACUUGACAUCGUAUACCUAAACAACUUUGCCAAAAAUAGAUUUAGUCCGUGUAACAUAGAAUAUAGGUAAGAGAAUAUAACAAAAAUUAAUAUGUUAUUUCUCGUACUACAUAAAGUCACACAUAUACACUUUUAUAUUUCUUUUUGCGAGCUUUUUUUCAAUCUGCAAUAAUUCUUAAACUUAUGACAGAGCAAGAAAUAUAGCUGUAAUAGUAUGUGGAGCAAUUAGGUUUAGUAAUUAUCAAAGGAGCCUUAAAAACGCAUAAGCGUAUUACAAAUAUAUUCUAUAUAACACAUAGAUACAAAUAUAUUAGACCGAUACAAUAAUAAACGAUAGUACUACAUAAAUAAAGAUCAAAUACAUACAAAAGAUAUAUAAAACAUGCCCUUAACAAUAUAAACAGGUACAAGAAAUUUACAUCUUAAUAUAAUUUGUGUCAAUUUUUAGAAUAACUUUGAAAGGACAUGUCAAAGAAAACAAUUUGUGUAGUACUGUUGCAUAGUAAAUAAUAAAGCACAAAUAGUGCUAGUAUCGGAGAAAUAGAUACAAAUACUAAUAAGAAUCUUUUCCAAGUGAUCAGAAUCUUUGAUCACAGAAUCUCUUUCUGAAUGAUAUGUUUUCUUUUCUUUUUUUUUUUAUCAUAUUUAAUAUGCUUUUCGUGAAAACUAUUAAAGAAGUCACAUAUCUUUCAAAUGGAUCUUUUGUAUAUAUGUUACCAUGAAAGACUGAAAUUGUAGAAUAUCAAGGAUUAACAUGGUGGCUUGAUAUAUGUCUGAAAUAUUUGCUUAAUAUCCUUAUUUUUGAUUUACAUUGGUAAAUGUCGAUAUUCACGAUGCCCUAUUAGUAAGUAUUGAAUAAAAAUAUUUGUGUUACAUUUUUGGAUCAUACUUUAUUAUUAAAAAAAAAGAUUAUUAAUAAUAAACAUCAAUAAACUCCAUUAGAUCGUACCAAUUCUUGACGGCAUACACCGAUAAUGGUUCAAAUGUAUAAGAAUAUAUUUAAAUAUUCAGUCUUUCACUGACGUAUUUGAUAUGUGUUGGUAUUCACUAUGUGAAUCUUAAUAUUAUCCAAUUUUGGUCUUUAGCAGUAACAUAUAUACACAUUGUGAACAGACAUCUUUACAUAAUAUAUAUCAUAUAUUUAUAAAAGGAUUAUUAUGUCAUAUUAUAAGUAACACUAUAAGAUGUAAAUUUUCUGAAACAUUUGCCUAACAAAAAUUCACAAUAAAAAAUUGAAUUUUUAAAAAUUGAUUAUACAAUACCAAUUCUAAACAAAAAUAAGGUGCAAAAAUACUGAUAACUUAUAACAUAUAUUUAUAUAUAAAUUAAUAAAGCAAAUGUUUGAAAGAUAUGUGUCAACUUCUGGUUUUCAUAUUAAUGUGAAAAGUAAAGUUGAUAAAGAUCAGGAAUUGGAAUAUAUAUUGUCUAAGAUUCUAAGUAGCAUUUUUCAAAAUGUUACUAAGUAAUAAGGUUGAAUGGUGUACUAUAACAUUUUAAUUGUAUUAUAUUUUACAAGAAACAAUUUAUUUAUGGAUUAUACGAUAGAGUAACUUGAACAGGUAAACUGUUAAGCAUUUUUCAGUUACGUUUGGCUCAAAGUAACUCGUUCAAAAAGUAAUGAUCAUAUUUUUUGUACUAUUAUGAUCGUGUAGGAUAAAAAUUAGAAUUGUUCGAAGCUCUCUGCUAAACUCGAAAUUAGAAGAUAUUUUUUAUAAUUAGCAUGAAUGAAGAAUGAAGUAUUGCUAUUAUAUAAUCGAUAAAUUUAUUAGAUCUUAUUAAUAGUUGUCUUUUAAUUAAGACUUAGUUGUGGACCACCAUAGAUUCGAAUGGUUGGUUUUAAAGAUGAUAAUGCUGAGGCUUUAUAUAGAUAUUUUUAUAUAUCAGUAUUCUGCAAGUUUUGAUUUUAGUUCUUAAGAUUUUAAUCAACAUUACUUAAAAUGACCUUCAUAAGAAGAAUUGUCUUACUUAAUUAUUAGAUUAUUUAGUUAAUCUCCUUUCCCCUUGUUUUUGUACACCUAUUUUUAUAAAUUCCCUAAAUAUUAUUUAAACUAAUUUAUUGCAUUCAUUGUGUUUUGCAUCAAUAUUUGCAUAAGAUAUUUGGCAAUGAUUUUCUUAAUUUAUUGUUUUGACAUUGUACUUACAUUUUAUUAGAUACAAGCUUCUUUUUUAACAGUUAAUAUGUACGAUCAGGCACUGCGCAAAUGAUCAUUCCCCCUUUUUUCUUUUCUUUUUGCAAAUCAAGUAAUCUAUUAUGUACAGUUAUGCAGAUGGUCAAUGCUUUAGGUGCCUUCUCACCUAGACCUUCUAUAUAUAUCCAUUUAUAGCGAUGACAUAUUUACACGAAUGAUAUAUGUACAUGCGUAUUUUCUCCAAAAAAUGUUACAUUGUUGACUAUUAAUAUUUGAAACAGUAUGAUCAGAGGAAAAAUGUUUUCUAGAAACGUGUCAAGAGUAUGAAUGCACGUUUAUUUUUAACUUUUAAUUUGGUUUACAUUGAAAAAUAUUGAUAUAAUUAAUUGCUAGAGUGCCUGAAUGGUCUCGGUUUAGGGAUAUCUAUAAUGAAGAUGUGUAUACGACAGCUUCUAAAAACAAUUGUAUACUUAUCGAAGAGGGGUUUUUGCGUAACGAUUAAAAUAUUAUUACAAAAAAAUUUACUAUUUGCUAAUCACAUAGCACUGUUCCGUCCAUCUGCAUAUUUUUGUUUUGUCUGCAGUAGAAAUUUUAAGUCAUGUCUACACACAUGUCUAAUUUAAUUCAUAAGUAUAAUUAUUCUCAUUAGAAACAUUCGAAACGCUAAAACCCCUUUCCCAUUGUACAUGAGUAUUAAUCUGAACUAAUCGACUGAGUAUUAUUUUUAUAUAGAACAUAAUGUUAUAAUGAAUAAUAAGGCAAAUUAAAAAAAUCAUGAAAAUUAUGCGAUGGGUAUAUAAAUGCCAACAACAAAAAGAAAAAAUAGUAUGUAUGAAAGUGUAAUAGAAAAGGAAAAGUGUAAUACAUUCAAGCAGCGUGUAUUCACCUUAUUCCAAUUUUUUAGUGACUGAUGACUAUGAGUGCCCUGGCAUAUUUUAUAUACAAAACAUUAAAAAAUACCAUAGCGUUAUGAAGCUUUGAUCAAUAAAGUACUAACUUAUUUCAACAAAGCACAUGAUGACAUAUCACUGUGCAUAGCGAUAUAUGCAAAAUAAUAAUAGCAAAAAUUUAAUUUUUUAUCCACAAUUUACGCGAUAAGUUGAUUCAGGCUUAGGCCAGCAGCUGUUGAGAUUAUUCAAGGUUGUGUGUAUUAUUAUAAGUAUUUUGAAUUGUUGAAUAGUAAUAAUGUAAGCGACAGUUUGUAUGGUACAAUGCAUCCUACUUAAACUGUGCCCUCUUGCAGCAUAAGAUGAAACAUCGACUGUACAAUUGUCUGAGCUAUACACUUCAAAUCUUUUUAUCAAAUCUGCCCUUAUUAUGAUUGAUCGCUCCAUUUAUUUCUUUUCCAUUUCCUAUUUGCUAUUUUUUAUCCGUUUUUCUUUUCAUUUGUUUUUACUCUCCUUUCUAUUUUUCUUUAUUCUGAUAGACUUUUAUUUUUUAAACUCUGUAUAAAAUUAUUCUAAAAAUAUCUCUGUUAAAUUUUUUAAAGCUAAUUAUUGGGCUGCUGUAAUGUAAUUUGUUAUACGUUAGUUUUUAAGGAUCUUUUUAAUCGAAAUAUAAAAAUUUGACCAUGAAUCAUUAUUAUACAUAUUAAAAGUUAAUAUCAUUAUCAUAUAAUGAUUUAAGAAAGAAAAAAAAGAAAAAAAAUAAUCAUAACUAUUAUUUCCAGUCGAACUAGAAAUCGCCUAAUUACUAUAAUUUACAUUAACGUAAAGCAAAGCUACCUAUUACAUUGUCAUUCAUACUUUUUACAUUCGAUCGAUUUUUGUAUGAAUGUAUAAAAGCAGUCCAUAAGAAAACGCAUGUAGAAAUGUGUAAUGAAACAAUGGAAAUGCAUAUUUAAAUAUACAUUUGCUACCCUUUCUAUGAUCGGUACGAUCCACAAAACUGAUAUACGACGAUGAUUAUAUAAUAUAUAGAAAAUUGAAAAGAUUUUUACAUUAUCGAGGGGGCAUCUUGUACAAGGGCAUUGUUGUGAUACCAUAAGUACAGCUUCAUUGAAACUUAAAUAAAAAAGAAAAAAAAAAA